AUGGGAUGUGGCAAUAAUAAGCAACAGGCGCAGGAAGUUGAAAUUCCAGUGGGGCCAACUGAAUUAUUUGUAAAAACUGAAACUUUUGAUGCUAAUGCAUUUUUUGAUGAUGUAAUAUUUUUACAUCCAAAUAGUUCUUUGCUUAAUAUAUGAUUAUUAAGCUAAAUGUGUGCAUAAAAUUUUAUAGUUUUGGCUAGACUAUAAUGUUCAUGAUAGAUCAAUUAAAAUGCGCGUUUUUCAAGAAAAUAACCAAAAAUGGCAUCCCUUGAAUUUUCUUAUUAUCUACUGUCGCCUAAUUCUCUUUCUAUAUUUUGGUUUGACUUAUCCAGCUAUUUGCCUAAGCGAUACGUAGCGUUGUGUGGCUAUCCCAAGGGGAAUGAAAAUUUCUCGAAGUGUGCAACCAAUCUCAAUUGGUGGAGGCUGGGAUAUAGCACAUAAGGGAUAAUCUUUAUACUAAAAGUAAUUAGGAUGCUUAAGAUAAAAAAGAUUCUACUAAUUUUUUAUAAAUACAGAGCUUUUCCAAUUAUUGGAUUACUUACCAAUCCACUUUGCGUGUUGAAUAAAUACAUUCAUGCAUUCAUUCUAAAGAUAAUAUCUGCAAAGGAAAAAGUUUCACAAGUAAACUCUAAUGAGUUUUCAAUUAAGCCAGAGGAUUUAGAAGCUGAAGAAUCUCUUCAUGCGAAAAAUAUAAGAAAAACCAGUGAAGAUGAAGAAGCUGAAGUUGUUAAAACUGCAAAAAAAUUAGAUAAUUCGAUGGAUAAGAAAAUUUCUAAAUAUCCACGCAAGCUUACACCAAUCCCAAACCCACCACUUCCAACAACUUAUACACAAUUUCCUUUACUCUUCUUUAAAAUUGGGAAAAAAUGUAGGUAAAAUUUCCAAUUUUUAAAUAAAUUAAUCCCCUUUAAUUAAAAGCAAAAUUUUUUGUUUUCAUAAUUUGAAGUAAUAAAUUAUUUAAAGCCCACUUUAAUGGAAGUAUUACAAAUAGAAUGCAAGUUAUAUAGUUGGCACACAAUAUCAAUUAAUUUUUAAAUUAAUUCUUAAAAUUUAUAUUAUUUGUAGAUAUUUUCUUUUUUUAAAAAUUAUAGCCAAGUUUUUUUUGAGAUUAAAGUUAGUAAAUAAGCCCAAACCCACUUCAUUAUUUAGGGAGAGAAAAAUAAUUUUUGAUGCAAAACCUACAGAUGGUUUUAAUUUUGAUUUUCUGGAUCAAAUUAAGCAAGAAAAUAUCAAAACCCCUAAAGAUGAUCUAGAUAGCUUAAUAAAAGAUUUAAACUCCUCCAGCAGGGUUUAUGUCUUAUAA